GUGGAGAAGUUUGGAGCUGCCGUGGACUCUCUCAGCAGGAGCUGGCGUGACCAGAACCCCGAGCUGGUCUACGAGGCAGCUUUUCUCUGUGUAUCUGUGAAGCUGAUAAUGUAUCUUGCUAAGAAAGCCCCAGCCAUGGUGUAUCCCAGCCUACUCACAAGAGUGAUUAAUGGAAAUUCUCAAGUGAGAAGCUACAUUGAGCAUCGCGGCGGAUGGGAGAACUUGCACCACUGA